UGAUGCGCUCCACAGCUGGCAGGCUGCUUGUCGGAUUGUUCUUUCUGGGGUUUUUACACAGUUUGGAGGUGAUUCUUCCUGCAAGGGCAAUAGAUGCUCCAAAAACCUGCAGCCCUAAGCAAUUUGUUUGCAAGGACCAGGUGACGUGUAUCUCAAAAGGUUGGCGGUGUGAUGGUGAGAAGGACUGUCCAGAUGGAUCGGACGAGACCUCAGAUGUCUGUCCUCAUAACCGUGUGUCGCGGUGUCCUCCUAAUGAGCAUCAGUGUUUUGGAUCAGAUAUGUGUGUUCACAUGAGUAAACUGUGUAACGGAGUGCCAGACUGCACUGAUGGAGAAGACGAGGGCCCGCACUGCAGAGAACUGGAAAUCAACUGUACUCUUGCUGGUUGCCAGGACAACUGUGCUGUUACACAGACCGGCCCUGUGUGUUACUGUAAGAGUGGUUAUGAGAUCAGCCAAGACGCAAAAAACUGUAAAGAUUUUGAUGAGUGUACGAUAUAUGGCACCUGCAGUCAGACAUGUACGAACACAGAUGGAUCGUACACCUGCUCCUGUGUGGAAGGUUAUCUAGUCCAACCAGAUAACCGCUCCUGCAAGGCCAAGAAUGUGCCUGUGGAGCGUCUGCCCGUGUUACUGAUUGCAAACUAUCAGAACAUACAGAUUACAUCUCUGAGUGGAUCAAGCAGCCCAUCACUGCACAUCAGCACUAAACAGACCACGGCCAUGGACUUCCUGUACACACAGGAAACAGUGUGCUGGAUCAGCGUGGGUGACUCGCCUGCAAGUACACAUCUGAAGUGUGCUAAGAUAACUGGACUCAAGAGCUUUACAGAGGAGAGGACCAUUAACAUCUCCCUCAGCUUGCAUCAUGUAGAGCAAAUGGCUAUAGACUGGCUUACAGGAAACUUCUACUUUGUUGAUGACGUGGACGACCGAAUCUUUGUAUGUGAUAAGGAUGGAACCACAUGUGUCACACUGUUGGAUCAAGAACUCUACAACCCUAAAGGCAUAGCUCUGGACCCCACCAUGGGAAAGGUUUUUUUCACGGACUACGGGCAGAUCCCAAAGGUGGAACGCUGUGACAUGGAUGGACAGAACCGAACGAAACUGGUUGACAGUAAAAUCGUUUUCCCGCAUGGCAUCACCCUUGACCUGGUCAACAGGUUGGUCUACUGGGCUGAUGCUUAUCUGGAUUACAUCGAGGUUGUGGACUAUGAGGGUAAAAAUAGACAUACCAUCAUUCAAGGACUAUUGAUUGAACAUCUCUAUGGACUUACAGUGUUUGAGAACUAUCUAUAUGCUACAAACUCAGACAAUGCCAACAUGCAACCAAAGACCAGUGUGAUCCGUGUCAAUCGCUUCAACAGUUCAGACUAUCAGGUGGUCACCCGAGUGGAUAAGGGCGGAGCGCUACAUGUUUACCAUCAGAGACGGCAACCCCCUGUACGGAGUCAUGCCUGUGAGCCGGAUCAGUUUGGGAAAGCCGGAGGCUGUUCAGAUAUCUGUCUGCUGGGCAACAGUCACAAAAGCCGAACAUGUCGCUGUCGCUCUGGAUUCAGUCUGGGCAACGAUGGCAAAUCAUGCAAGAAGCCGGAGCAUGAGUUAUUCCUGGUUUAUGGGAAGGGCCGUCCAGGUGUUAUUCGGGGUAUGGACAUCAACCCUAAAAUUCAGGAUGAGUAUAUGAUCCCCAUUGAAAACCUCAUGAACCCUCGAGCUCUGGACUUCCACGCUCAAAGUAACUUCAUCUACUUUGCUGAUGCCACAAGUUACCUGAUUGGUCGACAGAAGAUUGACGGCACGGAAAGAGACAUCAUCCUUAAAGAAGGUAUUCAUACUGUUGAGGGCAUUGCUGUGGAUUGGAUGGCCAAUAACCUCUACUGGACAGAUGAUGGUCCUAAGAAGACCAUCAGCGUUGCCCGCUUGGAGAAAGCUUCUCAGACCAGGAAGACACUCAUUGAGGGCAAGAUGACCCAUCCUAGAGCUAUCGUGGUGGACCCUCGCCACGGCUGGAUGUACUGGACUGACUGGGAAGAGGACCCAAAGGACAGCAAGCGUGGAAAGAUUGAGAGGGCCUGGAUGGAUGGAACCAACCGAAACGUCCUGUUGACAUCUAAGACUGUUUUGUGGCCCAACGGCUUAAGUAUUGACAUUCCUCAGGGCAUCUUGUACUGGGUGGACGCUUAUUAUGACCGAAUUGAGAUGGUUUACCUCAAUACCACUGCACGCAAGACGGUUUAUGAUGGACAGGAACUGAGCCAUGCUUUUGGCCUGUGCCAUUACAAACACUUCCUGUUUUGGAACGAGUACCGCAGCGGCAACAUCUAUAAACUUGACCAGAUCACCAAAACAGUCACCUUGCUGCGCAAUGAACGGCCACCCAUCUUUGAGAUUCGCAUGUACGAUGCCCAGCAGCAGCUAGGCAGUAAUGUUUGUCGUGCGAAUAACGGUGGCUGCAGCAGUUUGUGUUUGGCCACUCCCACUGGCAGGUCAUGUGCCUGCGCUGAGGACCAAUUACUGGACCCCACAGACAACACCAGUUGUAAAGCAAACCCCUCGUAUAUUCCCCCGCCGCAAUGUCAGCCAGGAGAGUUCGCCUGUAAGAAUAAUCGCUGUAUUCAGGAGCGCUGGAAAUGUGACGGAGAUAAUGACUGUCUGGACAACAGUGACGAGACCUCUGAACUCUGCCAUCAGCACACGUGUCCUGCAGAUCGCUUCAAGUGUCAUAAUAACCGCUGUAUUCCCAUGCGCUGGCUCUGUGACGGAGACAACGACUGUGGUAAUGAUGAGGACGAGUCCAACACAACAUGCUCAGCUCGGACAUGUCCUCCAAAUCAGUACUCGUGUGCCAGUGGCCGCUGUAUUCCCAUCUCCUGGACAUGUGACUUGGAUGAUGACUGUGGGGACCGUUCUGAUGAGCCUGCAUCCUGCGCAUACCCAACCUGUUUCCCACUCACUCAGUUCACCUGUAAUAAUGGACGCUGUAUCAACAUUAACUGGCGCUGUGAUAACGAUAAUGACUGUGGUGAUAACAGUGAUGAAGCAGGCUGCAGUCACUCCUGCUCCAGUGCUCAGUUUAAAUGCAACAGUGGGCGCUGUAUACCCGACUACUGGACCUGUGAUGGAGACAACGAUUGCGGAGACUACAGCGAUGAAACCCACGCCAACUGCACUAACCAGGCAACCCGUCCUCCCGGUGGCUGUCACACAGAUGAGUUCCAGUGUCGUAUGGAUGGGUUAUGUAUUCCGCUCCGCUGGAGGUGUGAUGGAGAUACGGACUGCAUGGAUCUGAGCGAUGAAAAGAACUGUGAGGGUGUAACGCACAUGUGCGACCCAGCAGUGAAGUUUGGCUGCAGGGACUCUGCACGGUGUAUUAGUAAGGCGUGGGUGUGUGACGGAGACAGUGACUGUGAAGAUAACUCCGAUGAAGAUAACUGUGAGGCUCUGGUGUGUAAACUUUCUCAUCAUGUGUGUGCAAAUGACACCAGUAUCUGUCUGCCUGCCGACAAACUCUGUGAUGGCAAAGACGACUGUCCUGACGGCUCCGAUGAGAAGCUCUGUGACCUGUGUUCUCUGGACAAUGGUGGCUGCAGUCAUAACUGUACAGUGGCCCCGGGUGAGGGCAUCCUGUGUUCAUGUCCACUGGGCAUGGAACUGGGCAUUGAUAAUAAGACGUGUCAGAUCCAGGGCUUCUGCGCCAAACAUCUGAAGUGCAGCCAGCGCUGUGAGCAGGACAAGUUCAACGUCAAGUGCUCCUGCUAUGAAGGGUGGGCCCUUGAACCUGACAUGGAGAGCUGCAGGAGCACAGAUCCUUUCAAACCCUUCAUCAUCUUCUCCAACCGUCAUGAGAUCAGACGCAUUGAUCUUCAUAAAGGAGAGUUUAGUGUGUUGGUGCCAGGACUGAGGAACACCAUUGCACUUGACUUCCACCUCAACGAGAGCUCGCUCUACUGGACCGAUGUCGUAGAGGACAAGAUUUAUCGUGGGAAGCUGUCAGAGAAUGGUGCUCUGACCAGCUUUGAUGUGGUGAUCCAGUAUGGUUUGGCCACUCCAGAGGGUCUGGCUGUAGACUGGAUCGCUGGGAACAUCUACUGGGUGGAGAGUAAUCUGGAUCAGAUUGAGGUUGCUAAACUGGAUGGGACGAUGCGCACCACUCUACUGGCCGGAGAUGUAGAGCAUCCACGAGCCAUCGCACUCGAUCCGAGAGAGGGAAUCUUGUUUUGGACUGACUGGGAUGCCAGCAUGCCAAGGAUUGAGGCCGCAUCCAUGAGUGGACAUGGCAGACGCACCAUUCAUAAAGAGACUGGCAGUGGAGGAUGGCCAAACGGACUGACUGUAGAUUAUCUGGAGCGGCGCAUACUGUGGAUAGAUGCCAGGUCUGAUGCAAUCUAUUCAGCUAAGUACGAUGGAUCUGGUCUGAUCGAGGUGCUCAGAGGACACGAGUAUCUCUCACAUCCAUUCGCCGUGACAAUGUACGGUGGAGAAGUGUACUGGACAGACUGGCGCACUAACACACUUGCCAAAGCCAACAAAUGGACAGGAAACAAUGUGACUGUAGUUCAGAGAACAAACACACAACCAUUUGAUCUGCAGGUGUAUCACCCAUCAAGACAACCACAAGCACCCAACCCGUGUGCUGCUAAUGGUGGUUUGGGUCCAUGUUCUCACCUGUGUUUGAUCAACUAUAAUCAGACAUUCUCCUGCGCUUGUCCUCACCUCUUGAGACUGGGCUCGGACAACCACACCUGCUACGAGUCACGUCAGUUCCUGCUGUAUGCCCGUCAGAUUGAGAUUAGAGGAGUAGACAUCUAUAAUCCAUACUACAACUACAUAAUCUCCUUCACCGUCCCUGACAUUGAUAACGUCACCGUUGUGGAUUAUGAUGCUCUGGAACAGCGCAUCUAUUGGUCAGAUGUUCGAACCCAGACCAUCAAGAGAGCCUUCAUCAACGGCACAGGCAUAGAGACCGUGGUGUCGGCAGAUAUUCCUAACUCACAUGGUCUGGUGGUGGACUGGGUUUCUCGUAAUCUCUUCUGGACCAGCUAUGAUGCUAAUAAGAAGCAGAUCAAUGUCGCCAGACUGGACGGCUCCUUCAAAAACGCUGUUAUCCAGGGCCUAGAUAAACCCCACUGCCUCGUACUGCAUCCCAUACUGGGGAAGCUCUACUGGACUGACGGAGAUAACAUCAGUAUGGCCAACACUGACGGCACCAACCGUACCACAAUCUUCACCAGUCAGAAAGCCCCAGUGGGUCUGUCAAUUGACUUUGACAUGGAGCAUCUAUACUGGAUCAGUUCUGGAAACAGCACGAUCAACCGUUGUAAACUGGAUGGUUCUGGACUGGAAGUGUUAGAUGCAGUCAAAGGCAAACUGAACAAAGCUUCAGCACUGGCUAUCAUGGGUGAUAAGCUGUGGUGGGCAGAUCAGGGAACAGAUCAGAUCGGCACGUGUGAUAAGAGUGAUGGAGGGAACUGGAAGAUCUUGAGAAACAGCACAUCCCCCAUGAUGCAUAUGAAGAUCUACAAUGAGACUGUGCAGACAGGUUCAAACCUGUGCAGUAAUAAUAAUGGCGACUGUUCUCAGCUAUGUCUGCCCACCUCUCCCUCCACCCGAGCCUGCAUGUGCACUGCAGGAUACAGCCUGAGGAUUGGACAGCAGUCUUGUGAGGGUGUGGGUUCGUUUCUGUUGUAUUCUGUUCAUGAGGGUAUUCGAGGAAUACCACUGGACCCUGCUGACAAGUCAGAUGCCCUCGUUCCUGUUUCAGGCACAUCACUAGCAGUCGGCAUCGAUUUUCAUGCCGAUAAUGACACCAUCUAUUGGGUGGACAUGGGUCUGAGCACCAUCAGCAGAGCCAAGAGAGAUCAGACGUGGAGAGAAGAUGUCAUUACUAAUGGCAUCGGACGUGUGGAGGGCAUUGCUGUCGACUGGAUCGCUGGAAACAUCUAUUGGACGGAUCAGGGCUUUGAUGUUAUCGAGGUGGCCAGAUUAAAUGGCUCGUUUCGAUAUGUGGUUAUCUCCCAAGGACUAGACAAACCCCGAGCCAUCACUGUACAUCCUGAGAAGGGGUAUCUGUUCUGGACAGAGUGGGGUCAGUACCCACGUAUUGAGAGAUCUCGUCUGGAUGGUUCCCAGCGAGCGGUGCUGGUGAAUGUCAGUAUCAGCUGGCCCAACGGCAUCUCCAUUGACUAUCAGGAAGGUUUGCUGUACUGGUGUGAUGCACGGACAGAUAAAAUUGAGCGCAUUAACCUGGAGACGGGUGAGAACAGAGAGGUGGUGCUGUCCAGCAACAACAUGGAUAUGUUCUCUGUGUCUGUUUUUGAGAGCUACAUAUACUGGAGCGACCGGACUCACGCAAAUGGUUCAAUAAAACGUGGCAGUAAAGACAAUGCUACAGAUUCAUUAGCUCUGAGGACGGGCAUCGGUGUACAACUUAAAGACAUUAAGGUCUUUAACAGAGCAAGACAACAAGGAACCAAUAUUUGCAAGAACAAUAAUGGUGGCUGCCAGCAGCUCUGUCUUUACCGUGGUAACGGACAGCGCACGUGUGCUUGCGCUCACGGAAUGCUAGCUGAGGAUGGGCAGAGUUGCCGCGACUAUGACGGAUACCUGCUCUAUUCAGAACGUACGAUACUAAAGAGUGUGCACUUAUCGGACGAAAACAACCUCAACGCACCCAUCAAACCAUUCGAAGAUCCCGACCACAUGAAAAACGUCAUAGCACUAACAUUUGAUUACCGCGGAGGAGGUGGGAAAGGAGCCAAUCGGAUCUUCUACAGCGACAUCCACUUUGGGAAUAUUCAACAGAUCAGUGACAAUGGAUCAGAUCGGAAGACAGUGGUUGAGAAUGUUGGGUCAGUGGAAGGGUUGGCGUAUCACAGGGCAUGGGACACUUUAUUCUGGACCAGUUAUACCACGUCCACCAUCACCCGUCACACUGUAGACCAGAGUCGCUGGGGGGCUUUCAACCGCGACACAGUCGUCACUAUGUCAGGAGACGAUCACCCGCGAGCAUUCGUCCUUGAUGAAUGUCAGAAUUUGAUGUUUUGGACUAACUGGAAUGAGCAGUCUCCCAGUAUCAUGCGUGCUCAGCUGUCUGGUGCAAAUGUGAUCGUGAUCAUCAGCAGUGACAUUCGCACUCCUAAUGGACUCGCCAUCGACCACCGUGCAGAGAAGAUAUAUUUCUCAGAUGCUACGCUUGACAAGAUUGAGCGUUGCGAGUAUGACGGCAGCCACCGUUAUGUGGUUUUAAAGAAUGAGCCAGUGCACCCGUUCGGAUUGGCCGUGUAUGGUGACCACAUUUUCUGGACAGACUGGGUACGAAGAGCGGUCCUCAGAGCGGAUAAAUACGUUGGUGGAGACAUGAAGGUUUUACGAGCUGAUAUUCCACAACAGCCAAUGGGAAUUGCUGCUGUGGCCAAUGAUACAAAUAGCUGUGAGUUCUCACCUUGUCGGGUGAAUAAUGGAGGCUGUCAGGAUCUGUGUCUGCUCACGUCAGACGGGCGGGUCAACUGUAGCUGUCGUGGAGAGAGGAAACUUCUAGAGGACAACACCUGCAUAGCUCAGAACACGUCAUGCAACAGCAUGGAUGACUUUGAGUGUGGCAAUGGAGAUUGCAUCAAAUACACUCUCACCUGUGAUGGCAUGGCACACUGCAAAGACAAAUCAGAUGAGAAACUAUCCUACUGCACUAAUCGUGUGUGUAAGAAGGGCUAUAAGCGCUGUGUGAACGGACGCUGUGUCACUCACAGUUCGUGGUGUAAUGGCCGGGAUGAUUGUGGAGAUAACUCUGAUGAACUAUUCUGUAAUGCAACCCUGUGCACGGCGGAUCAGUUUCAGUGUAGAGACGGCUCUUGUGUAUCAAACUCCAGUCGCUGUAAUCAAGUGUUGGACUGUGAGGAUGCCAGCGAUGAAAUGAACUGCACGGCUGCUGAUUGUUCCAGUUAUUUCCGUCUGGGUGUAAAGGGUGUCACCUAUCAGCGCUGUGAGUACACCACACUCUGUUACUCACCCUCAUGGUUGUGUGAUGGGGCAAAUGAUUGCGGAGACUUUUCAGAUGAAAGAAACUGCCCAGAAAAGAAGAAGAGAAAGUGUCCGUCCAACUUUUUUGCUUGUCCCAACGGGCGCUGUAUUCCCAUGAGCUGGACCUGUGACAAGGAGAACGACUGUGAGAAUGGAGAUGACGAGGCACACUGUGAUAAGUUCUGCUCAGCGACUCAGUUUGAGUGUGGAAACCAUCGCUGUAUCUCCAGCAGCUGGGUGUGUGAUGGGGCAGAUGACUGCGGAGAUGGCACUGAUGAGGACAGCAGAUGCAAGAAUAAGACGUGCAGUGCUGACGUGUUUCAGUGUCCAGACUCACACAAGUGUGUCCCUCAGCGCUGGGUGUGUGACGGAGACAGAGACUGUCCUGACGGAGCGGAUGAGAGCAUGAAGGCUGGAUGUGUGUUCAAUAACACUUGUAAGGCAGGAGAGUUCAUGUGUCAGAACAGACAGUGUAUCCCCAAACACUUCGUCUGUGACCAUGACAACGACUGUGGCGAUGGCUCUGAUGAAUCUAUGGAGUGCGAGUAUCCUGCCUGUAAGGCCAAUGAGUUCCGCUGUGAUAACGGCCGCUGUCUCAUCCAGAAAUCCUGGGAGUGUGACGGAGAGUUUGACUGUCAUGAUCACUCAGAUGAAGCUCCAAAAAACCCUCAAUGCAAAGGCCCUGCAGAGAAGAAAUGUAAUGACACGGCGUAUGCGUGCAGGAACGGUAAAUGCGUCAACGAGACGUUACUUUGCAAUCAUAACGAUGACUGUGGUGAUGGUACUGACGAACUGAACUGCUUCAUUAAUGAAUGUCUGAACAGUAAACUGAGCGGCUGCUCCCAGCUGUGUGAAGAUCUAAAGAUCGGCUUCAAGUGCAGAUGUCAUCCUGGCUUCAGACUGAAGGAUGAUGGGAAGACGUGUGUAGAUGUGGACGAGUGCACAAGCAUCUAUCCCUGCACACAGCACUGCAUCAACACACACGGCAGCUUCCGCUGUUUAUGUGUGGACGGGUUUCAGCUCAGUCCCACAGAUCCCACUGUAUGCAAGUCCACCUCAGAUGAGGAGCCGUUCCUCAUCUUUGCCAACCGUUAUUACCUGAGGAAGCUCAACCUGGAGGGCUCAAACUACACACUAUUAAAGCAGGGUUUGAACAACGCUGUUGCUUUAGAUUUCGACUAUCGGCAGCAGAUGAUCUACUGGACAGAUGUGACGACUCAAGGCAGCAUGAUACGACGAAUGCACAUCAACGGCAGCAACGUUCAGGUUCUCCAUCGGACGUCUCUCAGUAACCCUGACGGUCUGGCUGUUGAUUGGGUGGGUGGAAACCUGUACUGGUGUGAUAAGGGACGGGAUACUAUUGAGGUGUCAAAGCUAAAUGGAGCUUACAGGACUGUGUUGGUUAACACGGGACUGCGGGAACCCAGAGCCGUAGCUGUGGAUGUCCGCAAUGGAUACCUGUACUGGUCAGACUGGGGUGAUAAUCCUCAUAUCGGGCGUAUUGGUAUGGACGGCACAAACAGAAGUGUAAUCAUACAGGAUAAGAUAACCUGGCCCAACGGACUCACUCUGGACUUCAUCAAUGACCGGAUAUACUGGGCCGAUGCCAGAGAGGACUACAUCGAGUUUGCCAGCUUAGAUGGAUCCAACAGACACACUGUCUUAAGUCAGGACAUCCCGCACAUAUUUGCCAUGACUCUGUUUGAGGAGUUCAUAUACUGGACAGACUGGGAGACCAAAUCCAUCAACAGAGCUCACAAGACCCUCGGCACCAACAAGACUAUGUUGAUCAGUACCCUGCACAGACCCAUGGACAUCCACAUCUACCACCCUUACAGACAACCCGAGGUCACAAAUCACCCAUGUCAGACAGAUAAUGGUGGCUGCAGUAACUUGUGUCUGCUGUCUCCUGGUGGAGGUUAUAAAUGUGCCUGUCCCACUAACUUCUACCUGGCUGCUGAUGGUAAACACUGUAUGUCCAACUGCACCGCUAGCCAGUUUGUCUGCAAGAAUGACAAGUGUAUCCCGUUCUGGUGGAAGUGUGACACAGAGGAUGACUGCGGGGACCGAUCCGAUGAGCCUGCUGACUGCCCGGAGUUUAAAUGCAGACCUGGUCAGUUCCAGUGUGGUACUGGUAUCUGUACAAACCCAGCAUACAUCUGUGAUGGAGACAAUGACUGCCAAGACAACUCUGAUGAAGCCAACUGCGAUAUCCAUGUGUGUUUGCCUAGUCAGUUUAAAUGCACCAAUCCCAACCGAUGUAUUCCUGGAAUUUUCCGCUGUAAUGGACAAGACAACUGUGGAGAGGGAGAGGACGAAAAAGACUGCCCGGAGGUGACGUGCGCACCUAACCAAUUCCAGUGUGCCAUAACCAAGCGCUGUAUCCCACGUGUGUGGGUGUGUGAUCGUGACAAUGACUGUGUCGAUGGAUCUGAUGAACCCGCCAACUGCACUCAAAUGACAUGUGGUGUGGAUGAGUUCCGUUGUAAAGAUUCUGGCCGCUGUAUUCCAGCCCGCUGGAAAUGUGACGGAGAAGACGAUUGCGGCGACGCUUCAGAUGAACCCAAAGAAGAGUGUGAUGAGAGAACAUGUGAACCAUACCAGUUCCGUUGUAAAAACAAUCGCUGUGUGCCUGGCCGCUGGCAGUGCGACUAUGACAACGACUGUGGAGACAACUCAGACGAGGACAAGUGUGUGCCCAGGCAGUGCUCUGAGAGUGAGUUUGCCUGCACCAACGGUCGCUGUAUUGCUGGACGAUGGAAGUGUGAUGGAGACCAUGACUGUGCUGAUGGAUCUGAUGAGCACGGCUGUGAUGUGAAGUGUGAUAAUGAUCAGUUCCAGUGUAAGAACGGUCACUGUAUCCCGUACCGCUGGAGGUGUGAUGCUGACGCUGACUGUAUGGACGGCAGUGACGAGGAGAACUGCGACACUGGAGUGGGUCGAUACUGCCUCCUGGAUGAGUUUCAGUGUAAUAACACUCUGUGUAAGCCGCUGGGCUGGAGGUGUGACGGCGAGGACGACUGUGGAGACAACUCUGAUGAAAACCCACAGGAAUGUAAGGGAUUCUACUGUCCUCCCUCCAGACAGUUCCGAUGUCAUAAUGACCGAGUGUGCCUGCCAGUGUCUAAACAGUGUGACGGUGUUGACAACUGUGGAGACAACAGCGAUGAACUCAACUGUCAAACUCCUGCCCCUGUGGUCUGUAGAAAGGAUGAGUUUACAUGCAGUAACGGCAAGUGUAUAAGCGUUAACCUGCGCUGUGAUUACUUCAAUGACUGUGAGGACUACGGCUCUGAUGAGAUCAACUGCAACAAGAAAGAUUCAGUUCUGAAUGAAUGUCGGCAGAAUCGCAGUAUGUGUGGAGACGGAGAUGAAGCUCACUGUGUACUGAAUGGAACAGACUCGUUCUGCUCCUGUAAGUCCGGCUUCCAGAAAACGCUGCAGCAAACCUGCACAGAUGUGAAUGAGUGCAAGCGCUUCGGGGUCUGUUCUCACAUCUGUAACAACACGAAGGGCUCCCACAAAUGCAGCUGCCACAAGUACUUUACCAGAAUCAACGACACCUGCAAAGCAGACAGCAGUGAAAAACAAGCUCUUUACGUCGCUGAUGAUAAUGAAAUUCGCAGUCUGUAUCCUGGGAUGCAAAACUGGAUCUAUGAACAGGCAUUCCAGGGAGACACCAAUGUUCGAAUCGAUGCCAUGGACCUGCACAUCAAAUCUAAACGCAUCUUCUGGACCAACUGGCACACAGGCAGAAUCUCAUCAUUUGAGCAGCCUACACCUGGACCAGCCUCACCGAACUCCAACCGCAACCGCCGACAAACUGAUUCCAGAGUUACUGAUCUAGAGAUCCCUGGUUUGAAAAUGCCUCGUGGGAUAGCUGUGGACUGGGUGGCCAACAACAUCUACUGGACAGACUCGGGUCGUGAUGUCAUUGAGGUGGCACAGAUGAAUGGACGCAAUCGCAAGACCCUCAUCUCAGGCAUGAUUGACGAGCCAUACGCCAUCGUGGUGGACCCUCAGAGAGGCACUAUGUACUGGGCCGACUGGGGAAAUCACCCUAAGAUUGAAACAGCAGCUAUGGACGGAACCAUGAGAGAGACCCUGGUGCAUGAAAACAUCCAGUGGCCCACAGGUCUGGCUGUGGAUUACUUCAAUGAGCGUCUGUACUGGGCGGAUGCUAAACUCUCAGUUAUUGGGAGUGUCAGACUGAAUGGAACAGAUCCGGUCAUAGCAGUAUCAAGCAUAAAGAACAAUCUGCACCACCCCUUCAGUAUUGACAUCUUUGAGGACUUCAUUUAUGGUGUGACCUACCAGAACAAUUUUGUCUUCCGUGUCAAUAAGUUUGGCAAGAGUUCAGUGGAGCAUCUGACCACUGGCAUGAACCAUGCCACAGAUUUAGUCCUGUACCACCCUUACAAACAGCCAGAGAUGACAAACCCAUGUGACAGGAAAAAGUGCGAGUGGUUGUGUUUGCUUAGUCCCAGCGGUCCAGUGUGCACAUGUCCAAACGGUCGAAUGUUAGACAACGGCACAUGUGUGGAGGUGCCCACCCCUACACUGUCACCCAUUUCUCCAAGUGGCCCGUGUAACCUGCCGUGUCUGAACGGUGGCACUUGUGUGCUGAACGCCAGGAAACAGCCCAAGUGUCGCUGUCAGCCCAACUAUGGAGGAGACAAAUGUGAGAUUAACCAGUGUAGAGAUUACUGCCAGAACGGUGGGACCUGUACAGCAUCACCCACAGGAGCUCCGACUUGCCGUUGUCUGGCAGGCUUCACAGGACCCAACUGUAACCAGCGCACAUGUCAGAGCUACUGUAAGAAUGGAGGAAACUGCACUGUUAAUCGCGGGAACCAGCCCACCUGCACCUGCCCUGCAGACAUCCUUGGUGACCAGUGCCAGUACCGCACAUGUGAUGGAUUCUGUGAUCAUGAAGGGACAUGUCUGCAGUCCAGCGAUGGAUCGAGACGAUGUCGCUGUCCUCCACGCUUCAUCGGCAACAACUGCGAAGUGGAUAAAUGUCACUAUUGCCGUGACGGCAAGUGUAUACCCACCAAUAUCUACCAGCCUCAUGGAGACGUCACGUGCAGCUGUGCCAAUGGCAGUAUCCAGCCAAGCUGUUAUACGUGUGAAGGAUACUGUGCUAAUGGACAAUGCACCCUCGGCCCCACAAACCUCCCAGAGUGCAAAUGUCCUCUUGGAUGGGAGGGUCAUCGCUGUGAUAAUCCGGCCCCUGAUGUGAAUGCAGAAUCCAGUGGCCGCACUGCCUCAAUAGUUAUUCCAGUGAUUUUAUUGAUACUGCUGGUGUUGCUGAUUGGUGGAGCGGUUUUAUGGUACAGAAAAAGAAUGAGCGGAGCUAAAGGGUUUCAGCAUCAGAGAAUGACAAAUGGCGCUAUGAAUGUUGAGAUCGGGAAUCCAGCCUAUAAAAUUUAUGAAGGAGAGCAAGAUGACGAUGUUGGAGAAUUGCUGGAUGCUGACUUCACUCUAGAUCCAGACAAGCCGACCAACUUCACAAAUCCCGUGUAUGCUACUCUGUACAUGGGUGCUAACAACAGUCGCAAUUCCCUGGCCAGUACAGACGAGAAGAAGGAGCUGCUAUCACGGGGCGAUGAAGAGCCGCUGGUGGAUCCCCUGGCUUAGACUGUCCAUUGGUUCGAUCCAAACUAAUUCACGGAUAAAACCGUUUUGCCUUUUUGAGAAAAAGAAGAAAAAAGAAAAAAAUACAGGAAUAAAAUCAAUGAUUAAGUGUUAACACUGUAUAAAAUGUACAAAAUGAAGGACUACUUUUGUAUGUGAUUGCAGUAUUAUAUUUUGUUCUUUUUCAAUUUUUCUGGUCAGAGCAAAACAUGAGAAGAAAAGGAUACAUUUUCUACAAAAAAAAUAAAAUAAAAGAUUUUGUUUGCCAUUUUUUAGGUCAGCUACCCUUUACCUUAAUAGCCACUACCUCUGUGCAAUAUGGAGUCAGAGAAAGAAAUGAAAAAAAAUUUGAACAAUUGAUUUUUCUUUGGGGGUUUUUUGUAUGAGAUGAAGAUUGUCCCAUCAGUAGUGUCAACUGUUUGUUUGUAUGUCAUGACUAUUAAGAGGGCGAGUUAGACAUGGAACCAGUGUCACUUUCUGUAACGUUGUUUGUUUCAAACUUACAAUAUAUGUAAAGCAGAAGAUAACUGAUGAUAUCAAUUUUAUGUUCCAGUUUUACUGCUCCCAUUGCUAUACAAAUAUUUAUGUUUAAGGAUUAUAAUUUUCACUUGCACAGAUUCAGACCAUUGCAGUAUUACAUGCCAUAAAACAAAUCUUAUUAUGAACUAUUACAGAACAACUGAUUUUUUAAAAUUGAUAACAUCAGUGUUGUAGAGCAGCGUUCCCAGUCCUUGAAGAACCCAGCCUUGCACAUUUUGUGUUUCUUCUUUUUUGACCCCCAGUUCAGCUCACGGAGCUAAUGAGUUCAGUCAGGUAAAUUACGCUACCAGUUAAAAGUUUGGACACACUUGAUUAAAAUAUUUCUCAUGAUCUUUUGCGCUAAAGGAUUAUGCUUAAAUUCUUGAAAUUAGUUUUGCAGAGCUAAAUCAAUUGUGUAUGCAUGUCUUCACAAAGCUAAACUCUCAGUUCAUGAAGUUCUUUGAGAGAAUGACCAGAGUUGUAAUAUAGACUAAGAGCGGCUACUUAAAAGAAGCUAAAAUAUAAGACAGUUUUGACUUAACAUUUUUGCCCACUACAUAUUGUGUAUUUUAUAGUUUUGAUGACCACCAUUUUUCUAAAACGUGGAAAAUAGUAAUAAUAAAGGAGGAGUUAUGUCCAAACUUUUGACUGGUACUUUUUAUUUCAGUUUAAAUGAAAGUGAACAUUUCUGUAGAAAUAGCUGCUUAAAAGUAAAUCCCAAAACAAUCAGAUUGCACAUGUUUGAAUUGGUUGUAGUGAUGUGUGAGUGUUUUCAGUGUUGAUUGCACCUUUAAAACUGCAUAGAACAAAGUGAAUUUUACAGGUCAAAUUUACACUUAUUGAUAAAUGUACAUUUAUUGACAAAUUGAUAAGAAUUUUUUUAAUUCAUGGUUCAAAAUGAAGAAUUGAUGUGCUGAAACAUUUUCAUCUUGUCUUUUGUAAGCUGCCUCUGAAACAUAUACUUAUCCGUCAUGUGGCUUUUAAAAUGUAUGCUUUUUCCCAGUAAUUCUCCCCUUAAUUCCUGCUCGACUUAUCUUCGCUGAGAUAAUGCUUUUGUUGAAAUGUUCGUCAGCCAUAUUGUAAAACAUGUUCAAACAAACACUUUAAAAGCAAAAACAGUUACUAUAGCAACAAAUCAUCUACCACACUAUUAUAGUAACAAAUUAGCGCUUGUUUUUAGAAAACAAUUGUACAAUCAUGUCAUCUCAGAUCAAUUGCAAAAUUGUCUGUGCAUUUUUAAUGUCAAUUCUUACAUUUUUGUUUUGUAUUGGAAAAAUGACAUACUUUUUCAUGGUACAAAAUGCAUGGAAGUUCUAACUUUGGGCAGAGAAUAAUGUUAAACUUUUUUGCUGGAGUACUUUAUGAACUGAAUAGCAGAUAUUAUAAUCUGUUAUUUAUAAAUAAAACAAACCUUAAUCCUU